AUGGUGCAGCGGCUCACCUACCGGAAGCGGCACAGCUACGCCACCAAAUCCAACCAGACCCGCGUCGUCAAGACCCCAGGCGGGAGGCUUGUGUACCAGUACACCAAGAAGCGCGCGAGCGGACCGAAGUGCCCCGUCACCGGGAAGAAGAUCCAAGGAAUUCCACACCUGAGACCUGCUGAGUACAAGAGGUCCAGAUUGUCAAGGAACCGCAGGACUGUGAACCGUCCAUAUGGUGGUGUUCUGUCUGGUACUGCAGUUAGAGAGAGGAUCAUCCGUGCCUUUUUGGUCGAGGAGCAGAAGAUCGUGAAGAAGGUGUUGAAGAUCCAAAAGACCAAGGACAAGGCCUCCAAGAGCUAG